ACGUGUACACAGGGAAGCAGGAAGUGAACGCAGUUCAGUUGGUGCCAGUAAACAGCGUCAUGAUUCCAGGUGUCAGUCCUGUGGUUCAGGCCCUGCUGGGGACCCUUUUCACCUGGGGUCUCACUGCAGCCGGAGCCGCCCUGGUCUUCGUCUUCUCCAGUAGACAGAAGCGGAUCUUGGAUGGCAGCCUGGGCUUUGCAGCAGGGGUCAUGCUGGCAGCCUCUUAUUGGUCUUUGCUGGCCCCUGCUAUUGAGAUGGCAGAGGAAUCUGGGAAUUAUGGGGACUUUGCAUUUUUCCCCAUUGCAGUGGGUUUUGCACUUGGCGCUCUGUUUGUGUAUUUUGCUGACCUGAUGAUGCCUGUUUUGGGAUUUGGAAUGGACCCUCAUAUGGCUCUGGCGCUGCCGUCUGAUGCAAAAUCGGCCAAAGAUAAGAAGAAAAACUCUAUGGCCGGGCUCUCUGAAGAGGACGAGCUGUCCAUCAGGAUAGGUAGAGCAGGAGUUCAAUCAGAUAAAAUAGAGAAUGGAGAGGUGUAUCAGAGGCGCCGUGGGCCCAACACUGGCCAAACAGAGGGGCAGGAAGUAGGUACCAAACCACAGGAAGUGACAGAUCAAUCAGGAAGCAGCUGGAGACGGAUUGUUCUUCUGAUCCUUGCCAUUACUAUACACAACAUUCCUGAGGGACUUGCUGUUGGAGUUGGCUUUGGAGCAAUCGGCAAAACUCCGUCAGCCACAUUUGAGAGUGCCAGAAACUUGGCUAUAGGCAUUGGCAUUCAGAAUUUCCCAGAAGGCCUUGCUGUGAGUCUUCCACUACGAGGUUCAGGGGUGUCCACAUGGCGAUCUUUCUGGUAUGGACAGCUGAGUGGGAUGGUCGAACCUCUAGCUGGGUUGUUAGGGGCCGUUGCCGUGGUGGUGGCAGAGCCGUUGCUACCGUACGCUCUUGCUUUUGCUGCAGGAGCCAUGGUGUAUGUCGUGGUUGAUGACAUCAUUCCCGAAGCCCAAGCGAGUGGGAACGGUAAGCUGGCCUCCUGGACAUCAAUUCUUGGCUUCAUUGUGAUGAUGUCACUGGAUGUCGGACUUGGCUGAGCCUUUUUUAAUUGGUUGAAACUUCGAUUGAUCUCCAGAAUAUCAGCUGGCUGCACUGAAAACAGUGACCAAACCAGGCCUUUUUUUUUUCUCUACUUAUUUUAUGUACAUUUUUGUAAUUUUUUUUAUUUGUUUUUAGACCACUCAAGGACCACAUUUGUUUAGAUAGGGCAAAAAGCUUGAUUGCAAAAUGACAAUACUUGAAAAAAUAAUGAAAACUUGAAUUAAUGACUUAAGGGGUUGUUUAGGUCUGGAUGUGUAUACUGUAUUUAGUAAACAUACAAGGACCAUAAUAUAUGUUCUCAAUAUUCUUGUGUACUCAUUAAAAUGGAAACCAGUGAUAAUUUUGGGCACUAUCACUUUAAUUUAUGGAUUCUUUUAGAUUUCGUUUCAUGUUUUUUUUUUUUUUUUUUUUUUUUAUGAAAUGAAAUGUUGUCAUUUAUGGUCAGUGCUGUUUUAUUUUUUUAUUUAGAUUAUUUUUUUGAUUACAGAUUAUAUUCAACAAGUUUGAAAAGGUAAUAUCUACAGUUAAAAAAAAAAAAGUGUGAAUCGUGAAUUAUAAACUAAAGUAAAAUGUUUAUACAACCCAUCAGUGUUUAUUUGUUUUUGAAAUACAUUGACUAUUUCCUUUUAAUUGCUUAAAUUGGGAAGAUAAAGAAGUAAUAAGAUGAUUUUCUAUCUAAUUCCAUGCUUGUUUGAUUAUUUUGCUGUUGAUUCUGAUGUCAAUCUUUGUAUAUUCUCUAACACAGAUUGUUACCAUAAGACAGAGAUGACAGGUUAGGUAUUGGGUUGUUUAUAAGCCAUUUCCCAUUCUCUCUCAGAGACUUUCAUAAAUCACUGUUCUUGAAAUAUUUCUGUGCCACAGCAUCACCAAAAGGAACUGCAGAAAAUUACUGCUGUUAGACAGGUUUCGCAAACACUCCCCCUGGCUGCCAUUGGUUAGACAAAAAGAGUGUCCUGCCCCAAACUAAUGCAACUGGUUGAUGUUGCUGUGACAGACUGUUAGGGAUGCUCAAACAAACAACCACCCAGCCAGGGUUGGAUUGGGAGAUAAAAUUUUACCGGGAAUUAUAGAAAACUUGCAGCCCACUGAACAUAGUUUUCACUAUAGAUAUCUAACAUAUCUAUUAUUUGUAGUAGUAGUAGCAGUAAAAGUAGUAUUUAUUAUUGAUUAAAACACUCACUGAUCAUUUUAUUAGGAACACUAUGGUCCUAAUAAAGUUCCAGAUGUGGUCUUCUGCUGUUGUAGCCCAUUCGCCUCAAGGUUUGAUGUGUUGUGCAUUCUGAGAUGAUAUUCUGCUCACUACAAUUGUACAGAGUGGUUAUCUGAGUUACCACAGCCUUUCUGUCAGCUCUAACCAGUCUGGCCAUUCUCUGUUGACCUCUCUCAUCAACAAAAUAUUUCUAUCCGCAGAACUGUCACUCAGUGGAUGUUUUUGUUUUUGACACCACUCUCUAUACACUCUAGAGACUGUUGUGCGUGAAAAUCCCAGGAGAUCAGCAGUUACAGAAAUACUCAAACCAGCCCAUCUGCACCAACAAUCAUGUCAUGGUCAAAAUCACUAAGAUCACAUUUUUCCCAUUCUGAUGGUUAAUGUGAACAUUUACUGAAGCUCCUGACCUAUAUCUCCAUGACUUUAUGCAUUGCACUGCUGCCACAUGAUUGGCUGAUUAGAUAGUAAGGUGUACUGGUGUUCCUAAUGAAGUUCUCAGUGAAUAUAUAUGGGUGCUGCAUAUAAAUAGAUCGAUUCAUACUAUGACCCAUAGAUUGAUGUAAUUGACAACUCAUUGAAAUUGUUAUAACAUGACACACAACCUCAUUUACUCUGGGGUACUUAUCUUUAUGAAGCUGGAUGGUAAAUGGGCAAAUAGCAAUAACAAAAAUGUGUUUAAUUAUUUAGGAAAUAAAGUUUGUGAUUGGCAAUAUUCUAAAUAUUUUUUUUUCACACAUUUUUAUAGAGAAGAUAAACUUCAUUAAUUUCAGUAAAGACCGAAAAAUUGGCAUUGCAUGGUUUUAAGUAUUUCCCAACUUCUGAUAAUGAGGCCAUAUGGCAUGAUGCAAUUUCAAAUACAGUACAUAAUAAGAUUACACACAAUGCAAAAAAAAAAAAAAGGGUCUUUGGUAAAUAGUUGUCGUAGGAGAACACUGUAAUCCGGUUGAUCAAGUCUGGUUUUUUUUAGGCUCUUCAGUGCAAACCUCCUCUCACAUGCCACUAUGCUAGCGUAAGAAACUUAUUGUAAAUUUUUGUGUCCGUCCGUGCUGUUUUUCAAUUGUUUUCCUAUGUAAAAAUGGGAUACACUGACGUCUUUGACCGUUUUGAAACGUCUCGUGCAGGAGUGUCGUGUUUUUUAGACACUGUGACACAUAAAGAACUUAAAAUGGAUAAAAAUGCAUUUAAUUUUGGCUUUUUAAAUCCUGACUUUACCGAUGGCCAAUCAGACCCUGCAUACAGCCAUGGUGUUUGAACUUUUUGGGGAAAUCUACCUACAAAUGUCUUGCUUAUUGCUUAAUCUGUGAUAGGAAAAAGUAUUUGAACAUUGACAAAAUUAACACACAUCACCUUUUUAUGGCAAGUUUUUACCUGCCAUGUCACUUUAAUCUUAUGAUAAUUUAAGGUUGCUAUCCAGCAGGUUGCAACCCGAUCUCAUGAAAAGUCGUACAUAAUUUACGAGUUGGCUAUUUUGUAUGGUCUCACACGAUUUUGUUUGCAUAAACUGGUACGACUUCAUCA